AUGAGGAAAAAUAUGAGAGCCGUCCCCUGCUGGGCAUCGCUAGUGCCGAUUCUGCUCAUGAGCUGCGGAUUAAGCCACUGCUUCCCGGAGCCAUUUAUUUCCACAAUUGAUACUGACGCACCAACCGUCGCACCGAAAUUUAUGACUCGAGGCCAUCUCUACAAGGCCAUCAUCGGCGACUCGAUCGAGCUGCCGUGCAAAGUAAAGGACCUGGGUUCGUAUGUGUUGCUGUGGCGACGGGGGACCUCGGUGCUUACGGCGGCUAAUUUAAUGGUGACACGUGAUCCGAGAUUCAAGCUGGUCGAGGGCUACAACCUGCAGAUAGCGAACGUGAAAAUUCAGGACGCCGGUGAUUAUAUUUGCCAGAUCGGCGAUAACGAGAGCCGGGAUCAGGUCCACACGCUCGAAAUUCUGGUGCCUCCGACGAUACGAGUGGUGCCCCAGAACCGGCAAAUCACGGCACGGAAGGGCAGCACCGUGACGCUCGAGUGCAAGGCAUCCGGCAACCCGGUUCCGGCAAUCUACUGGCACAAGAAGGAUGCCCUCGCAGCGUCGUCUCAUCUGUCGGAGAGUCCUACGCUGGUUCUGGAGCGUGUUGACCGGCAUCAUGCUGGCGUAUACCAAUGUACGGCGGACAACGGUGUGCGAGAGACGGUGCAUGUCGACAUCGAAGUGACAGUGUUGUCACCCCCGGACAUUACGGUCGAGAAGACGUGGGUUCACGCCAGCGAGGGCUUUGACAUCGAUCUGGUGUGCAUCGUGCACGGGGACGUUAACUCCGAGAUGCUCUGGUACCAAAACUCAUUUCUGCUGGAUCCAACCGAUCGGCGGUCGAUGUACUCCAGGGGAGAUAAAUACACGCUAAACAUCAGGAACUUCCAGCAGUCCGACUUUGGCAACUACAGCUGUGUGGCUGACAACGCCUUGGGCCGCACGAAGAAGUACAUCGAAGUAUCGGGCCGUCCCGGGCCGGCGGCAUUCCAGUCGGCCGCCUACAGUAACUAUCUGGAUCGCUACAACCUCACCUACACGAUAGAGUCGAUUCCACCGCUGGAUGAAAUCAAGCUGCUCUACCGAAAGCUGAUGAUGAACGAAACAUAUCAACAUCCGGGCAGCUGGGAGGACACGAUUUUAGUGCCAACAUUAACCAGAUCCGAUCCUACACAUUUUAUUAUGUCGCAUGUGAUAAAGGGGCUUUCGCCGAACUCCGUCUACGAGGUGAUGAUCCAGGCGCGAAACGUGCACGGCUGGAACGAGAUCAGCGACAUUCACCAGUUCUACACGCGCAACUUUGAACUCACACCGAACGAGCUAGAGUUUGUGAUGAGUUCCAUCUCCAACAGUGGCCACUGGAAAAUGUUUUCCCUCGAGACCAGCCUACGGAUGCUCGCGGCUUCUCUGACAGUUCUAUUAAUUCUCCGUUGGUCAACAACCGUUCGCUAA